AUGAGUUCCAUAAGUUCGAGGCAGGAAUUUACAAGUCCAGUGGCAGCAGACAGGUUGUUCAAGGCCUUGAUCACAGACUCCGACAAUCUCAUCCCCAAGCUCAUGCCUACGGCCAUCAAGAGCAUCGAAAUCAUCCACGGCGACGGCGGCGUAGGAAGCAUCAAGCAGAUCAACUUUGCUGAGUCAAGCUCAUCCGAUAAAAAAUUCCUAACUCCGCCAUUGUGUCUAAAUGUGCCUACAUGCUCGUCAUCGUUGAUGCUGUGCUGGUACGCGUUACAAGACACUCUGGACGUGGAGAAUUUGGUGUGCAAGUACCCUCUGGUUGAAGGAGAUGUAUUGGUGGGCAAGAUUAAGUCCAUUUCUUACGAGGUGAGCUUUCAAGCUUCCCCCAACGGCGGAUGUACUUGUAAGAUGAUGAGUGAGUACGAUGCCGCGGGUGACUUGGAGAUCAACGAGGAAGAAAUCAGGGGUGGCAAAGAAAGAGCAAUGGACAUGUACAAAGAAGUUGUUGAAGCUUACCUCUUCGAAAGUCCUGGUGCCUACGAAUAG